UGCACCGGCCCCCGGGAACAAGGAAACAGCUCAGAUCACCUACAGCCAUCACUCGGCAGCGUAAUUCCCCACUGGCCCCAUCCCUUCGCCCUGUGUCCCUCUGGGUGCAAGGGACCUGUCCCCACACGGAGGAUGGGGGUGCUGGCUCUGGUUGGGCAGAGAGAAGGACUAUCCUUGACCAGGCUGCUGCUGCUGCUGCUGAGCCUCGAUGUGCUGGAUCUCACGCUGGGGACCACCACUAUGGAUGUGACAGUCACUGUGUCCCCGACUCUGCCUACCUCCCUGGAGACCUCAGCGCUGUUGCCCACCACUGACUCCACCACCACAGCCACCCUCCCUACCUCCAGCCCUGAAACCUCCACCUCAGAGGUGGUGACAGACGCAACUACAGUGCUGCCUGACUCAACCCCAGCAAGGCUGGGGCUCACCACCAGCACCCCAACUGCAGCCUCAACGGCUAUGACACCCAGCCAUGCUGAGACACCCAUUGUAACAUCUGUGGGGACCAGCACAGCCCUGGCUGACAGCUCAACUGCAGUUGACAGAAGCACGCUGCCUCCCUCCACCUCCACUCUUCUCUCCUCCACCUGGGUGGGCACCAUGCUUCGCACCAGCACCCAAGGGCCAGCAGUGACCACAGUGCUUGGCAGCACAACCCCAGCGACCAGCACCCAAGGGCCAGCAGUAACCACAGUGUGUGGCAGCACAGCCCCAGCGACCAGCACCCAAGGGCCAGCAGUGAGCACAGUGCUUGGCAGCACAGCCCCAGCGACCAGCACCCAAGGGCCAGCAGUGAGCACGGUGUGUGGCAGCACAGCCCCAGCGACCAGCACCCAAGGGCCAGCAGUGAGCACAGUGCUUGGCAGCACAGCCCCAGCGACCAGCACCCAAGGGCCAGCAGUGAGCACGGUGCUUGGCAGCACAGCCCCAGCGACCGGCACCCAAGGGCCAGCAGUGACCACAGUGCUUGGCAGCACAGCCCCAGCGACCAGCACCCAAGGGCCAGCAGUGAGCACGGUGUGUGGCAGCACAGCCCCAGCGACCGGCACCCAAGGGCCAGCAGUGAGCACGGUGUGUGGCAGCACAGCCCCAGCGACCGGCACCCAAGGGCCAGCAGUGAGCACAGUGCUUGGCAGCACAGCCCCAGCGACCAGCACCCAAGGGCCAGCAGUGAGCACGGUGUGUGGCAGCACAGCCCCAGCGACCGGCACCCAAGGGCCAGCAGUGACCACAGUGCUUGGCAGCACAGCCCCAGCGACCAGCACCCAAGGGCCAGCAGUGACCACAGUGCUUGGCAGCACAGCCCCAGCGACCAGCACCCAAGGGCCAGCAGUGACCACAGUGCUUGGCAGCACAGCCCCAGCGACCGGCACCCAAGGGCCAGCAGUGAGCACAGUGCUUGGCAGCACAGCCCCAGCGACCAGCACCCAAGGGCCAGCAGUGAGCACGGUGCUUGGCAGCACAGCCCCAGCGACCGGCACCCAAGGGCCAGCAGUGAGCACGGUGUGUGGCAGCACAGCCCCAGCGACCGGCACCCAAGGGCCAGCAGUGAGCACGGUGUGUGGCAGCACAGCCCCAGCGACCGGCACCCAAGGGCCAGCAGUGAGCACGGUGUGUGGCAGCACAGCCCCAGCGACCGGCACCCAAGGGCCAGCAGUGAGCACGGUGCUUGGCAGCACAGCCCCAGCGACCGGCACCCAAGGGCCAGCAGUGAGCACGGUGUGUGGCAGCACAGCCCCAGCGACCGGCAGUGCCUCUUCUCCCGCGGCAUCGGCACCAACAGUCGCUUCGGAGCAGCCGUCGACAGCCUCACUGGACACCACGGGCACGCCCGGCACCGGCACAGCGGUGUCCGGGAGCCCCGCUGCCCGCAGCCAGCCGUCGGUGGCGGCGGCCGGGGCCGGUUCCCGCGGGGCCGGCGCGGGGACCACCACUACGGAUGUGACAGUCACUGUGUCCCCGACUCUCCCUACCUCCCUGACACCUACGGAGACCUCAGCGCUGCUGCCCACCACUGACUCCACCACCACAGCCACCCUCCCUACCUCCAGCCCUGAAAUGGGUGCCUCCACCUCAGGAAGUUCCAGCCCAUCCCCACGGACUGGCAGCUCCUCAGCUCCCACCAUGCCUCCUCCUACCACACCAGCACCGACAGCCCUGGCGGACACAACGGCCACCCCUGCUGUCAGCACAGAGAGCUCUGGGAGCACCCCUAUGCCCAGCCAACUGGCUGGGACCACCCCUGGCAUCUCUACCCUGACUGUGGAGUCUAGCCCAGGUAUUCUGACAGUGCCUGGGGUCUCCAGUGCAGCCACAGGGAUGGAGCAUUCUUCCCCCACCGCUGACUCAACCCAGGCUCCAGAGGUUUCCUUCAGCACCCCUGCAGACCUGCCGACGACGCUGCCCGUCUGCCCCACUGCCAUGUCCAAUACCAGUACAUCUCACCUCUUUCUGUCACUGCGGCUAACGAUCCCCCUGGACCUGGGGAACACCACAGUGCAGGAGCUGGUGUUGUCCAAGCUGCGCGGGGACCUGCAGACAACGUUCCCAUGCGCUGGUGUGGCGGUGGAGUGGCGAGGGAAGAGAAGGACGUGAUUGCUGCUCCUCACCUGGCUGCCACCCACCUGGGCUGGCAGGCCAGCUCCCAGCUCCUUCCUCCAUGGUGCUGCAGCCCUUUGUGGUAAUCCUUACAGCUCCCCUUGAACCUAGGACAGCCCCCUCCUUCUCUGUACACCUGCAAAGGACCCCCAUUGCCCCCCCUGGACGGGGGUGCCCCUGCUCCUUCCCACCACAGCCUGUGUGUAGAGCCCGAGUUCUCCCACCACCCUGCACCAGACCUGACUCCCAUGGUGGGACUCCCACAGUGCUGCUGGGGCUCUGGCAGGAGACAACCCUGCAAGGGCUGGGCUCUUACAGCUGGGACUGAGAUGGUUCAGCCACAAAAGUCACCUUGGGGACUAAUGGACCUGGAGCCCCCAGCACUGCUAUGCCCAGGGCACUCAGGGGCUCAGUGCUGGUGACGUCUGAGGUUUGCAACUUGUGGAAGCUGCAGUGCCUUCAAGAGAUGCCCCAUGGCUGCUUCACAUGAAGAGCGGGACAAAAUAGACCCUGGGAUGGCUCUGGGAAGGAGUCAGGAGAGGAAAAGAGCUUCUCUCACCCAUCUGAGCUUUGUUCUGGAGCCAGCUGAGCUCCUUGAGCCUGGCAGCACAGAGAGCAAGUGAAGCCAGAGCCUGGCACACUGGCUCUCACUUGCUUGCCUGUGACACUGCUGACAGAGGAGCACACCCAUGCCACCACAGGCUGGGCACUAAAGGGAAAUCCCACGUUUUCCAUGGCAAAGGUGAUGACUUCUUUGUUUCACAAGUUGCUUUCCCCAGUUUUCAGCUUCUCCAUCCAACAGAGGUACUGUCAAGGAAAACCAGCUGAGUCCCAAAGGCUUCACAGUGGGGCUCAGGGCUGUCCCCCACGGUGGGGGACAUUGCAGACACUCCUGAGAGCGGCUCAGCACCCUGACAGGCUGGGGGUCCUUGCUUUGGUGCUCACUGCCCCAUGACACCUCGCAGCUGUGGGCACUGUAGAGCUGUGGAAAUCCCGUGGGUUGUUCUCCUUCCCUGUUUUUUUCCAGUCCCAAGCUAAGGAGACAGCCACAGAGUCUGUUUCCCUGCAGCAAAGUCAUUUAUUAACUGAUUAAUUACCCAGAUAAAAUCCAGCUGAAGCAAUUACUAGCCGAAGCAAGUCACCUCGCUGGGAGAUUAAAAACUGAAAUGAUUAGCAAAAUA